CCUGACUGCUCUUUUGGUUCAAAAGGGAAUGGCUUAAGCAAAUCUAACUUUAGGGAAUUUGCCAAGCCAGGGUUAAGGAGCACACAUCCAACGGGUUUGGAGUGGGGCUUUGAAAGAACAGCAAAUGGCCCGGCUGCUGCUCUCUUGUUCCUCCCUGAAGCCUGAGCUCUGCCCAGCUAGUGAAGGACAAAGCGGGUGCUUUCAGCCUCUGUAAAUAGCCUAUUGUACAAGGGGAGGAGGCGGGGCACGGAAUGGCAGCAUCUUGCCAGCUUGGGUUGCUGCGUUAAGGAAAGAUGUCAGGCUUUCUUAAUUUGCCACUGCCGGGGCAAGGGUGCAGUUUAUGUGGGUUUGUUUGAGGGCUGCAUUCCUAGUGAAGUGUUCCAUCAGAUUGCCAUUAUUCAUCUUAAUGAAAGCUUGAGGAGCUUUAGAAGGAGAGAAACAUUCAGACCACCCGGUUUUUGGUUUCUAAAUGACAUGAAGAGAAUACAAUGUUAAUAAUUCAGCUUAGAGAACUAUCAACACAGGACAAUGCAGGCCCACGAGUUGUUCCGGUAUUUUCGAAUGCCAGAGCUGGUUGACUUCCGACAGUACGUGCGUACUCUUCCGACCAACACGCUUAUGGGCUUCGGAGCUUUUGCAGCACUCACCACUUUCUGGUACGCCACGAGACCCAAAGCCCUGAAGCCACCAUGUGACCUCUCCAUGCAGUCGGUGGAAGUGGCGGGCAGUGGUGGUGCACGAAGAUCCGCACUGCUUGACAGCGACGAGCCCUUGGUGUAUUUCUAUGAGGAUGUCACAACGUUAUACGAAGGUUUCCAGAGGGGAAUACAGGUGUCAAUAUCGCUCAGGCCCCUCUGUGUCCACUGUAACUUCCCCAGAGUCUGUCCCAAAGCUCACUGGACCCUCUAGAUGUUCCCUAUGGCCCCGGGGCUCCAUGGUCAAAUAUGUGAGUGUCACAUUCUGUAUUUUAUGAUAAUGGCCCUUGUUUAGGCUCUCGGAAACCAGACCAACCCUAUGAAUGGCUUUCAUACAAACAGGUUGCAGAAAUGUCGGAGUGCCUAGGCUCAGCGCUGAUCCAGAAGGGCUUCACGGCCACCCCAGAUCAGUUCAUUGGCAUCUUUGCUCAAAAUAGACCUGAGUGGGUGAUUAUUGAACAAGGAUGCUUUGCUUAUUCGAUGGUGAUCGUUCCGCUUUAUGAUACCCUUGGAAACGAAGCCGUAACGUACAUAGUCAACAAAGCUGAGCUCUCUCUGGUUUUUGUGGACAAGCCAGAGAAGGCCGAACUCUUACUAGAGGGUGUAGAAAAUAAGUUAACACCAAGCCUUAAAAUCAUAGUUCUCAUGGAUGCCUACGGCAGUGAACUGGUAGAACGAGGCCAGAAGUGUGGGGUGGAAAUCAUCAGCCUGAAGGCGAUGGAGGACCUGGGAAGAGCCAACAGACGGAAGCCCAAGCCUCCAGCGCCUGAAGAUCUUGCAGUAGUUUGUUUCACAAGUGGAACUACAGGCAACCCCAAAGGAGCACUGAUCACUCAUCGAAACAUAGUGAGCGAUUGUUCAGCUUUUGUGAAAGCAACAGAGAAUUCAGUCAAUCCUUGCCCAGAUGAUACUUUGAUAUCUUUCUUGCCUCUCGCCCAUAUGUUUGAGAGAGUUGUAGAGUGUGUAAUGCUGUGUCAUGGAGCUAAAAUCGGAUUUUUCCAAGGAGAUAUCAGGCUGCUCAUGGAUGACCUCAAGGUGCUUCAACCCACUGUCUUCCCUGUGGUUCCAAGACUGCUGAACCGAAUGUUUGACCGCAUUUUCGGACAAGCAAACACCACACUGAAGCGAUGGCUCUUGGACUUUGCCUCCAAGAGGAAAGAAGCAGAGCUUCGCAGCGGCAUCAUCAGAAACAACAGCCUGUGGGACCGGCUGAUCUUCCACAAAGUGCAGUCGAGCCUGGGCGGAAAAGUCCGGCUGAUGGUGACGGGAGCCGCACCGGUGUCUGCCACUGUGCUGACGUUCCUCAGAGCAGCCCUGGGCUGUCAGUUUUAUGAAGGCUACGGACAGACCGAGUGCACUGCCGGGUGCUGCCUGAGCAUGCCUGGAGACUGGACCGCAGGCCAUGUUGGGGCCCCGAUGCCGUGCAAUUUGAUAAAACUUGUUGAUGUGGAAGAAAUGAAUUACAUGGCUGCUGAGGGCGAGGGCGAGGUGUGUGUGAAGGGGCCAAAUGUAUUUCAGGGCUACCUGAAGGACCCAGCGAAAACAGCAGAAGCUUUGGACAAAGACGGCUGGUUACACACAGGGGACAUUGGAAAAUGGUUACCAAAUGGCACCUUGAAGAUUAUCGACAGGAAAAAGCACAUAUUUAAGCUGGCACAAGGAGAAUACAUAGCACCUGAAAAGAUUGAAAAUAUCUACAUACGAAGUGAGGCUAUUGCUCAGGUGUUUGUCCACGGAGAAAGCUUGCAGGCAUUUCUCAUUGCAAUUGUGGUACCAGAUGUCGAGACAUUACGUCCCUGGGCCCAAAAGAGAGGAUUUGAUGGGUCCUUUGAGGAACUGUGCAGAAAUAAGGAUGUCAAAAAAGCUAUCCUUGAAGACAUGGUGAGACUUGGGAAGGAUUCUGGUCUAAAACCAUUUGAACAGGUCAAAGGCAUUGCACUGCACCCUGAAUUAUUUUCUGUCGACAAUGGCCUUCUGACUCCAACAAUGAAGGCGAAAAGGCCAGAGCUGCGGAACUAUUUCAGGUCGCAGAUAGAUGAACUUUAUUCCACUAUCAAGGUUUAGUGUGAAGAAGAAAGUUCAGAGGAAACGGCACAGUUCCACAAUCUCUUCUCCUGCUGAUGGCCUUGAUGUUGGUAAUUUUGAAUACAGCAAGUGUAGGGAAGGAAGCGUUCGUGUUUGGCUUGUCCGUUCGGGGUUCUUCUUUCUUCUCAUAGGAACGUUAGAGGAAACAGAACACUGCCUUACAGUCACCUCAUGUUGCAGACCAUGUUUAUGGUGAUACACACUUUCCCAAAUGAGCCUUAAAAAUUGUAAAGGGGAAAGUAUAAAUGUGCUAAGUUAUUUGAGACUUCCUCAGUUCAAAAGGUGGGUUUUAAAUCUUCUGUCUCCCUGUUUUUCUAUUCAAGGGGUUAGGACUUUGCUAUCUCUGAGAUGUCUGCUACUUGCUGCAAAUUCUGCAGCCGUCUGCUGCUCUAAAGAGUACAGUGCACUAGAGGGAAGUGUUCCCUUUAAAAAUAAGAACAACUGUCCUGGCUGGAGAAUCUCACAAGCGGACCAGAGGUUUUUUAAAAUCCCUGCUACUGCCCCUUCUCACAGGCAUUCACAGAACCCUUCUGAUUCAUAAGGGUUAUGAAACUCAUGUUCUUCUCCAGUCCCCUGUGGUUUCUGUUGGAGCAUAAGGUUUCCAGUAAGCGGAAGGGCAGAUCCAACUCAGAACCGUGCAGAUAAGGAGCCUCCGGCAAGUGGGUGCACAUCAGAACGCAUGGAUUCUCAUUCAUGGCAAAAUGUUCUUGGACUCUGUUCUCCAGGCCUGAUUCCCCCAUUCCAUCCUUUUUCAGGGGUUAUUUAAAAAUCUGCCUUAGAUUCUCUAGUGAAGACAAGCAUUUCAAGAAAGAGUUACCUGGAUCAGCCAUGCUCAGCUAUGACGCCUGCAUAACUGUCUACUUCAUCUUCACUGAACCACUCACUCUGUGUACUGGCCAACAGAUUUUUAAUGUGGUUUUCAUAUCAAAAGAUCAUGUUGGGAUUAACUUGCCUUUUUCCCCAAAAAAUAAACUCUCAGGCAAGCAUUUCUUUAAAGAUAUUAAGGGAGUAAAUAUACUUGGGUACUUAUUGAAAUGGACAGUAAUAAGUAAAUGUUCUUAUAAUGCUACCUGAUUUCUGUGAAAUGUGUUUGAGAAGCCAAAAUUCUAGGAUGUAGAAAUCUGGAAAGUUCAUUUCCUGGGAUUAACUUCUCCAGGGAUUUUUUUAAGUUAAUUUGGGAAAUUAACAGCAGUUCACUUUAUUGUGAGUCUUUGCCACAUUUGACUGAAUUGAGCUGUCAUUUGUACAUUUGAAGCAGCUGUUUUGGGGUAUGUGCGAGUACAUGUAUUAUAUACAAGCACAACAGGGCUUGCACUAAAGAAUUGUCAUUGUAAUAACACUAUUUGGUAGCCUAACUUCAUAUAUGUAUUCUUAAUUGCACAAAAAGUCAAUAAUUUGUCACCUUGGGGUUUUGAAUGUUUGCUUUAAGUGUUGGCUCUUUCUAUGUUUUAUAAACCAAAACAGAAUUUCCAAAAACAAUGAAGGAAACCAAAAUAAAUAUUUCUGCAUUUCAGG